AUGAAUGAAAGCCGAUCUUAUGUUGAAAAAAUAGGAGCAUCAGAUGAUGAAGAGGAAGAAGAUCAAAUCAUCAAUGGUAACAGAAGUGGGCUAGAGGCAGAGCGUUUGAUUCUGAAGCGUCCGACAGUGGUUUCGCGUGGAAGGUCGUGGUACCUGGACGCAGUGCCCCGUGGACGAGAUAGGGUCGAUCCCGUUCGUCCUCCGUGCAGCUUCAUCAGAUCCACGUAUUCACCCUCAUUUGGUAGCCGGGACACGAGGCAAAUUUUGAAGAUAAUCAAGCUACAGCUGCAUAAAGAAGGAUGCACAUGGGAUGCCGUACCGCAAGAGGUGAGAGACUUUUAUUGGGAGGAAUUCCAGAAACAUUUCAUAUGGGACGAGGCCAUUACGGCUAUGCUGAAAGUAGCCUGGGAGAAGAUAUGCACCGAUCAAUACGCUGACUUCACCUAUAGGAUGAGAAGAAGCGGUAAUAAGCAGCAGUGCGUGUCUCAGGAGAUAUGGGAGAGCUGGUGCAGUGAGACUGGCGGUGAAAUGGAGCAGGACCUUACGCGACACACAGGCGGAUCUAUAUCUGCUAUAGAGACAGCUCGAUUAUUAGAGAACUAUACUACAGCUCAGGGGAGCGUAUGUUACUUCUCAGACCGGAUGAAAUCCGAAGCGAGUCAAGAAUUACAAAGGGUAGCGCUUUAUCUCGAGGCUCUCACGCUUCUACAGCCGGAGCACAGUGACUCGUACUGUGAUGAUGAUAUACGGGCUCAGCUUGCUGAUCAGCAGAGACAGAUUGCAGAGCUUAGAGCGCAUGUGAUACGGCUGUCCGGUGAGCACCGUGCUGGUACUUCUCCCUCUGAUCCUACGCCUGCUACAGACCGACAUGUUUCGACGUCUCAGCAGCAGCCACUAUCGGCUCCUGAUCCCGAUGCUGCAGACGAUACCUUGGUCUAG